CACACACAAGUGACGGCUUUCGGGAUGUACCCACACACACACACGCGACGUGUUUUUUUCCCGGCAUAUUACUACAGUGCGGUGUUAGUGCACACGCCUGUUUAAUGAUCCCCUGCAGCAAUAAGAUAUUCGUGGCCGAAGACUAAGACGUGCACACACACACAGACAGAUACACAGCAGUGACAGAUGAUGUUCUGAUGUGUCUAGCUAUCGUGUCGCGUCGCAGCUGCAUGCUCUGGCGCUCUGAAUGUUAAUUUAAUUUACAUUAGACGCGUAGUAGUCAUUCUGGAUGGACACUUAAUUUCUGCGUGUGCAGUGGGGCUCCAACAAUACUUCGUCUGAUACAGCCUGCUUACAGAAGAAGUGGUCGAUUAUUGGUUAUUGAUCGCGGUGUUCAAUUCAUGGGAAAUGUCUACGAUGUUGUCAAGAAUUGCUAUGCUGCUCAGGGCUUGACUGUGCCCGGCGUCUGUAAGACUCUAAUCGCUUUCCCGUCACAACAGGGGGCGGUGGCCAUCAGUGGGUUGCCCAACCGGGUUAAGAUCGUCGAAGUAGGUCCGCGUGAUGGACUACAGAACGAGAAGACUGUGGUGCCGACCGCUGUGAAGAUUGAGCUGAUUGAGCGUCUGGCUGAAGCAGGCUGCCCUGUGGUGGAGGCCACCAGCUUUGUUUCUCCUAAAUGGGUUCCGCAGAUGGCCGAUCAGGUAGAAGUAAUGGCCGGCAUUCGGAAGCUGCCCGGAGUGAGCUACCCAGUUCUCACCCCCAACCUUAAGGGAUUUCAGGCUGCCGUGAAGGCUGGGGCCACCGAGGUGGCCAUAUUCGGGGCAGCUUCAGAGUCCUUCAGCCAGAAGAACAUCAACUGCUCCAUCGCCGAGAGCCUGCAACGCUUCGAGGAGGUUGCACGUGCGGCACAGGAUGCCAACAUCCCCGUCCGAGGGUAUGUGUCCUGUGUUGUAGGCUGUCCUUAUGAAGGAAAAAUAAAUCCAGCCAAAGUAGCGGAGGUGGCCAAGUGCCUGUACGGGAUGGGCUGCUACGAGAUCUCUCUGGGGGACACGAUCGGUGUGGGUACACCGGGCAACAUGCGCGAAAUGUUGCGCGCCGUGAGCCACGAGGUGCCAAUAAGCGCACUGGCAGUGCACUGCCAUGACACCUAUGGGCAGGCACUCGCGAAUAUCCUCACCGCCCUGCAGAUGGGAGUGAGUGUCGUUGACUCGUCGGUGGCUGGGCUGGGAGGGUGUCCGUACGCGCGCGGGGCGUCUGGAAACGUGGCAACAGAGGACGUGGUCUACAUGCUCAACGGCCUGGGCAUCCAAACGGGUGUGGACCUUCAGAAACUGAUUGAAGCAGGGGAUUUCAUCUGCAAGGCUCUGAACAGGCGAAGUGGCUCGAAAGUGUCCCAGGCUACCUCUAAGCUGUGAACCUGCAGUCUGCCCCCACUGUACAAAUGUAGUCACAUGAGGGUGUGUUGAUGUUGGGUCAAGGGAGAGCCGGUGGUGCUUUGCGUCUGUUUAACGGAUCGCGUAUCAUCAUCUGAGGUGGGUAACGGCUGGCUUCAUUCGUAGGCAAAGAAACCAACUUUGCUUUGAGCUCCCAUUCUUUGGUCAAUAUUCAAUCUGUGCAGUUUUCUUGUAUGUGUCUUUUAUGUAAUUAACAUUCAUGUGGGUCAUCUACGAUAAUGAAUCUGAGGAUAAAACACCUCGGGGUAUUACCCCGAACAAAACGAGUGACUGGCUGGGAGUGGUAACGCAUUUGCCUUGUGCGUUUCCAACGUUAAAAUUGCUGUGCGCCUACCUUGUGCUAAUGUAUUGAAAUUGGUGACAACGGUGCAUAUUAAGCCUAAUAGUCAUGUUUUUCAGUCUCCAUUUACAAAAUGACACAAAAGUGUUGUCGUGCAGUGGGAAAAUAGGGUGCGUGAUAAAUUCCCGGUAACCACUGUAACCAUGAUUGGUGCGCUUUAAUCAAUCCCGGGAUGACCUGCACUGUGCUUGUACGAGGCCACUUGCUUAGACCAAUGCACAGUUUACUAAACACUUACGGAUUAACUUGGCAGGAUUGAGCACUUUUGGAGGGCUUGAUGCAUGCGUGUGUGUGCUCAUGCUGGUGCAAAUGUACCUCGACGCACACGGCUAAAGAAUUGUAAUCACAUUUCACUGGCAGUCGAGACAUGGGGGGAAAACGAGAUCAAUGUAUGAGGUGGGCACCUGCGCUUUGUCAAGAUAAAUUUAAAACCUCAUCUGUAAUUAUUCUUUAAAUAAGAGCAGUGUUUUUUUGGGUCGUCUUCCUUUAAAAGGAGUAACAUUCAGUACUUGUAUAGUAAUUAGUUAACCGUGCUCUUGGCUGACGGGUUUUACACACGUGGUUGGAUUGAUGCUAUGUUGAAGUGUAAGUUCUCAGGAGGCAACAGUUUGCAUAGAAAUGCAUAUUUUGGGCGCAUCUGCUGAUGUGAUUUUCAUUAACCUCCAAGUGCUCUCAAUUGCAGGGCCUGUUAUUUCAGGGAAGUAUAACAGUCCAACAUUGGUGAUUCAGUUUUGCUUGUUAAGUUGUGGAGCUAUAUUAGACUUGGAUUGUGUUCUGUCAGCAUGGCCGAAUUGCUAGUUGGUAUUUGUAAUUAUUUUCGGCCCACGUUACUUUAUUGCAAUCUGUGCAUUUAUGACGUAGCCAACCCCAAAGCUGAUUCAGCUGAUCAAACACUGCUACCACACGCUGGCUUGCAUUAAUUAAAAACCUUAUUUUGUCGCCAGCAUGCAUUCUUAAUCAAGAGCAUUAACAUUUUAUCAGGUAAAGGUGUAAAUUAUGUCAGUCUUCUGCUGUGUAUGUAUGCAUUAAAUGAAGUUAACUUGCACUAACUAAAAUAAAGCCAUUUACAUAGAGUCCUUCCUAAGGUGAUGAAUGAUCUUGCUUUUGAAUUUUAUUAUCAGCUUGCAAUUAUUUUAUUUCAGAUAACACAGGAGUAAACUGGCGAAGCUUACCCACUUCAAUACUGGACGAGCAUUUAUUUGUAUGCAAGCUAGCUCUCUCAUUGUGUGGUAAGCAGUGUUUUAAACUGUGCCUAGGCAAAUAUAUAUCUGAACAUGGUACAAAUUACUUGCUUCUUCCUUGUGGGAAGGAAUAUUGCAUCUUAUUCAUGGCUUGAGAUAUUGAUAAGCUUGUUUGGAUUAUUGGCUGAAUUAAAUAUCACUAUGAAUGUGAUGUCUGAAUUUUAGAGGACUUUACUGGUCAACAACAAUUGUUAUCAUUGCUCAGUGUGGAUUUGGCAUAAUUCUGAAUGAAAUCCUGAAUGAUAAUUUCCCAGUGAUAAUUGUGUUGCAGUGUACACUGUGCAAGAUACUAUAAAAGAAUUACUCUGGACAGGUAUGCAAUGUACACGUGUGUGAGAAUGCCAUUGAGUUUUUGUGUCUAAUUUGUUUAAAAUUGCCAGUGGUCUAAUGCACAUUUAUACAAAAUACCCCAACAUUGCAUAAUUAUUUUGUCAAAAGUAUAUUUUCAAAAUGAAAGUAUUUUUUUUAUAUCCGUAAAAACUGAUAAAAUUCCUCUUGACUGGUGUUUUUGCAAAAUAACUUUUUAAAGUUUGGUUUAAUAGACUUACAAAUUAUAUAACACUGUGCAGCGGAAAUCAUGUUUUCUUUAAUUUGUCAUAUAACAUGAUUAAACAAUUACAGCGAGUGGUACAUCAAUAGAUUAUUAGGUUGCUAAUAUCCUGUCGGCUGUGUGGAGUGCUGGUCAUGUCUUGGAAGCAAUGUUCAGUGUUGUGACCUUUGUGGUUUUGCCUGGUUGAUCUGAGUAGAUGCCAAUUAUUUAAGAUAACAGUAUUACAAAGUAUGCUGUUUCAUUGUGCCUCGUGUAAAUUUUCCGUGUAAAUUAUACCAAAGUAUUAAAAUCAAUGUAAUGCA